AUGAUCUCAAAAUCAUGCUACAAUCGUAAAAUCAGUUUCAAUUCUCAUCAUCUUUUAACAAAUCAAUAUCUUCCCUUCAAUUUCGUCAAUCCAUUUCUGAUUUACGACUUCAGUCAGUUUAAUAAUCUCAUUUGUUCUUUCUUAUCUCUCUGUUUACGCUCAUCGACUUUGCUCAAGGCUCCAACUCACAGUUUAAUUAUGCCAUUGAUUUGUACUCCUGUUUCUCAACUCAAUUCUUCGAAAAAAGAAUGGAAGUUCGGUAGAGGCAAUGCUAACGUUCAGUUUAGCAAGGAGAGCAACAAACUCAACUCCUACAAACACUCUGGUUUAUCAAACAAAAAGAUUGAGCCACCUGACCAUGAGCAAGGUGUGGUCUUCGGAACCACCAAGACCAAGAAGCAAAACAAACUAAACUCUCUGUUAACAAGUUUGUCCUCAACAAGGAGUUCUCGAGGAUGA